AUGGUCGUUGCGACUGUUGUACAAUGCGCCUGGUCAAGCAUGUAUGUGAACAUCACCAGCCCGCAGGCUCACGCGCGCUAUGCCCCCCAUGCAAGGCUCCAGACAUGCUGGCGGUUGUGCCGGACGUUGAGCUCGGACGGCAUGGAGCAGGUGACAGUGACGUUGCAUGUGGAUGAAAGAGAAGUGUGGGCAGAGCAAGCGAACAGGUUGGACGUCUGGGAGGCAGGAGAGGAAGUCAGCCACCAAUCCUGCGCUCCUCUCACCUUCACCCUCAACGAGCCCAUGGAAGUUGGCCAACAUUCUGCCAUGGUCUGCAUCCUCCGCCGCGAUGCUCCGCAUACGCUCGCGGGGUGUCAAGAGGUCAAGUUUCAAGUAGGAGGCGAGGACCCGCGGCUACCUGCCCCUCCUCUCGUGCCCAGCAUCCUUGAGGAGUCGGGCAGGCUUGCAGAACUCUUGAGGGAGCAUGGCGGAGACAUGCAGGAGGGAAUAGAAGUUUUGCAGGAGCGCUAUGUUGGGGAGGGAUGCAGCAAGGGGAUCCUUCAGCGACAGAGGCAUUCUUCCUCGAUCUCCAUCAAGUUCAUGUCGAGAGAUGAAGUGUUGAACAACCUUUCAGGGCUCGUGCGAGAAGAUCAGCUAGAGGAGGAGGAGGAGGAGGAGGAGGGAGGGGGGCAGGAACAGUCGAAGAAGAUGACGAAGACGAAGAAGAAAACCAAGUUUGUGGUGUUGAGCACAGGCACAGAGGACUUGGAGAUCUUCCUUUCUUUGGCAUCGUACGACGUCUUUCCCAUCAUCGUUUCCUACGUCAACCGCUCUUUCCCAUCUCUUCGAGAAGCUUCCAGCGUGUGGGAGGAAGAAGGAAGGAGAUUCGGUCUCGAGCUCGCAAGUGUCGACGAAGAGUUUCGACGAUUGUUCUUCGUCAAGAAAGCUCCACCGCACCGUGAUAGCUGCGAUGACAAGUUGAAGUUCGUCCAGCGAUCUUCUGUCCCUGUGGUGAUUCUGCACUGGGGAAUGGAAGAUUGUGAUCAUUGCGUUGCCAACCCGGAGUACCUCAAGGCAGCGAUCAGAACAGCCAGGGAGCACGGAAACACAGUUCUGCUGGUGGGAGAUGAGAACAAUCAUCAUCUGCAAGAUCUCCCUCAAGUCAUCUGGUUUGACAAGGAGCAGUUCCAGGAGAGUGCCAACAAGCUGGAUGCAGUAUAUCAGCAUCUGUCGAGCAACGCGCGGGACUACGAGUUGGGCUGCAUGAAGAGGGUGAUGAUGCUGCACGACCUCAUGAGCGACUUGGCGAUCCCGUACGGCUAG